CUUAUAUCAUGCAUUGUCUUCAGACCCCAACAAAAUCAACCCCAAAUGGAUUCAACCUCGAAACCAUUCUCUCAUGUAGUGUUUCUCUGUUUCGCAGCCCUGUUUCUCUCGUCUGUGAUAUCAAUCUCCGAUCACAGUUCAUUAGUGUACAAAAACUGUGCAAACCAAACAUUCACAACCACAACUCCUACUAGUCCUCACACACAAACCCUCAGAUCUCUUUUCCAACGACUGACCGCCCACUCAAACCAGUCCAAGUUCUUCAAACACACCGAAUCAACAGACGGCGAUGAGAUCUCCGGUGUAUACCAAUGCCGGGGAGACAUCACUAACCAAGAGUGUCACAGCUGCGUGAGCACGCUUCCGGAUAUCUCCAACACGAUGUGCAGAGAGUCCGUGGCGGCUAGGGUUCAGCUCCACGGGUGCUACAUGCACUACAAGCUCGAGGGGACCGACACUGACGACUCCAGCAAGGAAAGUUUGCUGCACAAGAGUUGUGGCGAGGGUGGUGGAUCCAUCAAUGGGGGUUCGGGCGGGUUCGAGGAGAUGAUGAGAGCAGCGUUUGGGGUUUUGGAGAAUGGUGUGGUGAGUGGUGAAGGGUUUUUCAAGACGAGGUAUGAGUUAGUGGACGUGAUGGCUCAGUGUGAAGGAGGGUUGGGGGGUUGUGAAUGUGGGGAGUGUGUGAGUAGUGGGGUGCAGAUUGCUGAGGAAGAGUGUGGUGGUUCGGUUUCCGGUGAGAUUUAUUUGGCGGAGUGCUUCUUGAGCUUUGCUUAUCAUCCAGAUGAUGAGUCACACCCCGGCCCAGAUGAAGAACAGAAGGACAAGAAAGAUAGCAACGGGAAAACGUUAGCAAUUGUUGUGGGAGGGGCAGCAGCUUUGUUUUUUGGGCUCAUCUUUUUGUUGUUCCUCAAAUCUUGGGGAAAGAAAGAUGAAUACUAGGUUAACUAUAUUGAUUUGUAACAUGUAUAAUAUAUACGGGUUCCACAGUA